AAACCUGGUCAGCCAUGAAAAAAAAAUGACGUCUGCACAUCUGGAGGAGGACCCAGAGGAAAAUCCAUCUCUCUCUCUCUCUCUUACUCUCUCGGACCACGUCCACAGGAGGCAGACAAUCCUACCAGAGGACAGGCAGCCCAAAUAUGAAGAUUGAGUGACCUCCAGCUGAGCAUUUGUCCCAGCCACCUGAUGAUUUUAGAAUAUUUUUCUGUGUUCUCUCCUGCGCUCUGGCUGUAACGGACUCGCCUUUGCGCACACAAGCAGCCCGGUGCGCACAAAGUGUCCAUGCGGAGACGAUAAAAAAAACUUUUCUGCCCCGUUUUUAAAGCAGAAAGGAAUAGGAUCGACCUUUUUUGCUGUCAGGACGGCUGGACUUGUGUAGAAAGUACAUUUUCAGACGUUUUUGUCCCGGGGCAGUUUGCAGACAGAAGAAUGCUGCCCCAGCUCCUCGCCGUGGCCUGUGGUCUCAGCUGCUUUGGUUUCACCUCCGUCACUGCAAACCUACUAAAAGCAGAGGGCUGGCUGCAGCAGUAUGGCUACCUGCCUCCUGGGGAUGUCAAAGCCCAGGCCCUCCGCUCACCAAAGUCCAUCGUAACAGCGAUAUCAGCCAUGCAGAGGUUUUACGGAUUGACUGUCACUGGAUCCGUAGACUCCAACACGUUAGAGGCGAUGAGCCGGCCGCGGUGUGGCGUCUCAGACAAGUUUGGCCCGGAGCUGAAAACCAGUCUGAGGAGGAAGAGAUACGCUGUGCAGGGUCAGAAGUGGGAGAAGUCUGAGGUCACCUUCAGCAUAGAGAACUACACCCCAAAGAUCGGAGAACAGGCCACGUAUGAAGCCAUCCGAAGAGCCUUCAAAGUCUGGGAGAGUGCGAUCCCGCUCACCUUCAGAGAGAUCCCCUUCAGCCACAUCAGAGGCAAGGUGGACAAGUACGCAGACAUCAUGCUCUCCUUCUCAGAGGGUUUCCAUGGCGACAGCACGCCUUUCGAUGGCGAAGGCGGCUUCCUGGCUCACGCUUACUUCCCCGGGAACAGCAUGGGGGGAGACACGCACUUUGACCUCGCUGAGCCCUGGACCACCGGGGACACAGACCAGGGGGCUGUGGCGCCAUCAGGGGCCACAGGGCUUGCUGGAAGUCUGAUGAGGCGUCACCGCCGUCUGCUGCGGGAGAGAUCUCUCACUCGACAGUUCCUGUCAGCAUGUGGGACUGCAAGCCAGUGGAUUUAG